AUGUCGUUGCCUUCUCAUCUUAAGUAUCAAGAAACAACCUAUGAAGACUAUGGUGCCUUUUAUUGUCCCCCCGAGCAUAGGCGAUUGGAACCCAUUGGCCUGCCUAAAGAAGAAAUCAAACCGCGAGGGAAAGGCGUCUGUUUUGAUGCCAGCAAACCUCUUGCAAAGUCUGAAGACGCUACCCCAACUCCCCCCACGUCCAGUGAGCGCCUGUUAGAGUCUGACCUCGCAAAGAAUAUUGAUCAGGUCGAACUCCAUUUCAGGAACAAAGAGUCCAUCAAACUUGAUGUGCGGAAACAGUGA